AUGCCAUCGUUAUUGCGAAAAAUUGAGGUCGAGCAUGAGAGCGGUCUGUCGAACAAGGAAUUGUUCCUCACCAACCAUGACUUGAAGAUCGUCGAGCCUGAAAGGCGUCAGUGGAGGGCAUUCAACUUUGUUGGCUUCUGGAUUGCCGACUCGUUCAACAUCAACACGUGGAUGAUCGCUGCUUCUUCGCUUGAUAUCGGCUUGUCUUGGUGGCAGGCAUGGAUUUGUGUCUGUAUCGCGGCUUUCUUCAUUUGCUUGACGGGUCGCGUUGGCGCUGUGUACCACAUCUCUUUCCCUGUCAUGAACAGGGCGUCUUUUGGUAUCUUUGGCCACUNNAGUAUCUGGUAUGGUGUACAAGGCUGGAUCGGCGGCGAGUGUGUCUACCUCAUGAUCCUCGCCAUAUGGCCUUCGUUCGGCACACGGCCUUCCUUGACCAAGGAGAUCGCCUUGGGAGGCACCGUCAACUACCUCAUCGGCUUUAUCCUCUUCUGGGCUGGCUCCCUUCCCUUCAUUUGGUUUCCCGUCCACAAAGUCCGCCACUUGUUCACUGUCAAAGCUGUCGUGGCACCUACAGCUGGUAUUGCCUUCCUCAUCUGGGCACUUGUAAGAGCAGGUGGCGCAGGCAAGAUCAUCCAUCAACCCGCAACAGCUCAUGGCUCUGAGCUUGCUUGGGCUGUCAUCACUGGCAUCAUGUCUUCUGUCUCCAACUUUGCGACCCUCAUCGUCAACGAUCCCGACUUCUCCCGUUUCGCCAGCAAACCUAGCGAUGCUUUGCUACCUCAAUUCAUCACCAUUCCUCUGGGCUUCGGACUUACCUNNCUCAUCGGCAUCCUCGUUGGCUCCGCCUCAGCAGUCAUCUAUCCCGAACUAGGCGCCGUGUGGAACCCGCUCGAGCUCCUCAAAGCAUUCAUCACCGAACACGGACACGGCAGCGCAGGCGCAAGAGCAGGAGUUUUCCUUAUUGCAGCGGCCUUCGUAGUCGCUCAACUCGGCACCAACAUUGCUGCAAACUCCAUUUCUGCUGGUACAGAUUUGACCGCUCUACUGCCUCGUUACGUCAAUAUCCGCAGAGGUGGAUAUAUCUGCGCAGUCAUUGGUAUCGUCAUCUGUCCUUGGCAGUUUGUCGCUGGAUCGAGCACCUUCACCACGUAUCUGUCUGCUUACUCGGUCUUCUUGUCUGCCAUCGCUGGACCCAUGAUUAUCGAUUACUAUGCAGUGAGGAAGGGAUACCUUCAAGCUCGCGAUUUGUACAGCGCAGAUGUCAACGGACCUUACUAUGGCAAGUUCGGUAUCCAGUGGCGUGGCUAUGUUGCCUAUAUCUGCGGUAUCCUCAUCAAUGUGGUGGGCUUUGCUGGCGCUUGUGGUGCUUCUGUGCCUAUUGGCGCCACGUACAUCUACCGGCUCAACUUCUUUACUGGUUUCAUUGUUAGUGGAGGUGUUUAUUAUGUGCUCUGUCUGAUCUCGCCAGUCAAAGCACCUAACCCUGUGGGUGGAUGGCUGGAGGCACCAGAGCCUGAUGAAGAGGGAUUGAGUAAUGUGGUCAGUCAUGGCAAGGAGGUGGAUAUGUACUCCAGUGGUAUGGAUGUAGAGCAGCAAGGCGGCUUCUUUAGGAAGAAGAUGGAUACUGUUGCGAAGGCAUUGUAG